AUGCUCAUUGAGCCAAAAACUCACAAGUCAACUCCUUGUAGACUCCAUGCGGUGAGAGAAGAACUUGGCCAAUUGCAUGUUCUUGAGCACCAACUCCACAUCCUCAAAGAUCCAAGCCUCUCAUGGUGUCAUCAUGUGGGUACUUGGUCUCCACAAAGUCCAUGGAGAAGAGAGCAUUGUAGUGCUCUUGGUACAUGGGGAGCUCAUCCUCCUCUUGCUCUUCCUCAGCCUCUUCCAUUGGCUCAUCUUGGUUCCCCUCUUGGUCAUCUUCAUCAACCAAUUGGUUCACCUCUUCUCCUUCCUCAUCACUCUCAGUUUCCUCACUCCUUCCUUCAUUUGGAGAGCCAUUUCCCUCCUCUUGAACAAGGUUCACUCCAAUCUCAAACUCCCCUUGCUCACUCUCACUACUAUAGGGUCAUUCCUCUUCUUGGUUCUCCUUUCUUCCCUCAAUCUCUCACUCUCAGACUGUCCUCCUCAGAGUAG